AUGAUGAGCGUAUUCGGACAGAUGCAGACGAUCGGCAGUCUUAUAAUGAUGCUGCUCCUUCUUGGAUGGCCGUCGACAUUGAUUAGCGAAGUGGAGGGGACUCCGGAGCCGUUGCCGUUGGCUGCGCCGGGUCCGACCCCGACGUUCGGCUGCCAGAGCCUGCACAACCAGCCCAAGGGAUGGUGCGGGGUCUGGGUGACCACCGAUCCCAAGCCGUACUAUGAAGUCGGGUUGGCCGGCGAUGCGGGCGGAUAUAAGUUCAAGUGUGGCGGGUACGAUAGUCCGGCGUAUUGGUGCUGCAAACCGGAGUUCAAGCCGGACGGGUUCGAUGGGAGUUAUGUCUAUGUGGCCCAUAAGAUCGAGUUCGCCAGCGUCAAGAACAGUUGUACCAAGGUCCCUGCGACCGGGAUGACUCCCCCUCUUUGAAACCCGGUCAUCCCUUUUCGUUUCCUCAUCUCUGUCUGGCUUAUACAUCACUCGUCGGUCUGCUGGGCUUCUUCACUGAUCUGCAUCGGCUUCUGUGCAGUGUCCACCACCCGAAAGUCGACUCCAUCUCUCUAUCUUCAAUCAAUCAGUUUUUUUUUCUUUCUCGUUCUUCUCUCAAACAACUUGUCUCUUUAUAAAGUACAAUUUACAUACAUAUCUCUCUGAAAACCGAAAUCGUAUACGCAAAUCAACACUCGAUCAUCGUCGAUAAGUUUUCUUUUCUUUUCCUUGGACAUACAUAUUUACGAUGCAAUCUUAUGAUCUUCUUUAAGCGUUGUCGUGACUGGUCGCGAGGGGUAUCUUUUUUUAGGAUGGUUCAUGUGCUUGGGACGACGACGGGUUUCGUGCAACAACCCUCGCACAGCCUCCUGCUUGAUCCCGAUCAUUGUUGUUGUUGUUGUUGUUGUUGUGUGCAGUAAAUAAAUACAAUACCAACGCGCCUUUGCUGGAGGACGGGUCUUGUUUAUGUGUAUGUAUACC